AUGAACAACCUUCCAGAAGUCAAAGGGGUUACAAGGCCCUCUAGUAUCCGACUAGAACAUAUGCCCCAGCAGGCCUGGGUGCGGGCCGCCGGAGACGAUUGGACGGGAAUAAUAGAUCGCAAGGAACGGCGGCGACUGCAAAAUCGACAUAGUCAGAGGGCAUACCGCUUAAGGAGGAAGGGAAUAGUCGUCGAACCACCGGAAGGCACAUCUGCUGCGUCCUCUACGGGAAGCUCAGAAAUUGUACUACGAAGCCCAUCCGAUGGAUCUCAUGUGGAAACUGCAGAGGACCUUCAAUGUGCCCAUGCCCCACCAUAUGCACUGCAGUUCCGACAAUGGUUCGAAGCGACAGCCCGGGACAGUUUUCUCCGGGGGUCGCCCAAAACAGAGCACUUGAUCAGUCUCAGCCGUCUGAACGUUCAUAGAGCCAUCAUUGAGAAUAUAUGCGCCAUAGGGAUGACCAAUGACUGGACCAAGAGUGACGACUCGAUCUCCAUAUUCAAUCUCGUUCAACCUGGGUUCCAAGAGGGUAAUAUCCCGCCGAGUUUGCGCCCAACACUGAUCCAACGAAGUGUACCGCAUCAUCCCUGGCUGGACUUCUUUCCCUUCCCGCACAUGCGAGAUAACCUUAUUACUGCCGGGGAUAUGCUAGAUGACGACGAUCUUUGUCAUGAUCUGAUGGCUUUCUGGGAUACUAGGAAUACGGGCGCCACACUACUCGUGUGGGGAGAACCCUCGGACCCGAACAACUGGGAGGUUACGGAGGGAUUUGCGAGAAAGUGGGGCUGGCUGCUCCGGGGGUGUUCAGAGCUGUUACUUUCUAGCAAUCUUUGGAGAAUGAGGCGAGGAGAACGGCCUCUUAUUUGGAGACAGGUCCUCCAGCUACAGUAG